AUGAACGAAUUACCAACGAACGACGUCCUUGGUAUUCUCAUCCUCAGCACGAAAGAAAAGCUAGCCACAAUAACAAGCAACAGAUGUGGAUUUAUUCUCAUCCUCUGUGUGACAUUAAGAAAUCCUGGGAUUUACUUCUUUUACGUCGACAUGAAUCAAAAUCAAAAAGUGACUGCGGCAGAUAAGGUCAAAGAUCUUAAAGAUCCUAAGGCUCUUUCGGAUAAAGAUAAAUCAAAAUAUCGUUAUUCCUCAGAAAUUCAACAAAUGAUGUUUGUUUUCGGUGAAGUUUCGGAACCAUGCCCAGAAACCAUCAUGCUUGUAGAGGAUAUUGUGAGGUCUCAGGUCAUUGAAAUUAUCAUACAGGCGGCAGCCCAGGCCGCUAAGCGUGGAUCACGUUAUAUGAGUGCGGAAGAUUUGAUUUUUUUAAUUCGACAUGAUCGCGCGAAAGUGAAUCGUCUACGUACAUAUUUGAGUUGGAAAGACGUGCGUAAAAAUGCUAAAGACACUAAUGGCAACGAUGCUACCGAAGAAAUAAUGGAAGAACCGAAUGCAGGCACUCAUCAAAUUCUUUAG